AUCAGGUGACGAGUUACGUGAACAGCUAUUCUUUGCUGAGCCGCCAUCUUUACGGCUUCGAAGACACUAUUUUCGACGGCGCAGUGUGAAAUUUUGCUCUCGUUGCUACUCUUGUUGGAACUGGAAUAGCUUUUACCUUACCAGGAACAGGCUCGAAAACUUUUUUUAAAGCUAUCCAAACUGAUUUGGUUAAUAUUUGAGGCAUUUUAAAGAUGAGCUGCCGAGUUUACCUGGGAAGACUGCCCUAUGGCACGAGGGAAAAGGACGUUGAUAAAUUCUUUCGCAGCUACGGAAAACUGCGCGAAGUUAACUUGAAGAACGGAUAUGGAUUUGUGGAAUUUGAGGACCCUAGAGAUGCAGAUGAUGCAGUUUAUGAAUGCAAUGGCAGAGAAAUGAUGGGAGAAAGAAUUCUGGUGGAACAUUCUCGUGGAACUGCCCGAGGCUUCAGUAGUGGUCGCAAGUCAAGAGCUAGAGAUAAGUAUGGCCCACCUGUAAGGACACCAUGGCGAAUCACUGUUGAAAACUUAUCAACUCGAAUUAGUUGGCAGGACCUGAAGGAUUAUGCACGUCAAGCUGGUGAGGUGACCUAUGGAGAUGCCCACAAACAAAGGCAGGGGGAAGGCACCCUAGAGUUUGCGACCAAGAGAGACAUGAAAAAUGCGUUGAGGAAACUGGACGGAACCGAACUGCAUGGGAAAAAAAUACGGCUGAUUGACGAAAGCCCACGCUCGCGAUCUCGUUCCAGAUCACGAUCCAGAAGCAGGUCUAGAUCCAGGUCUCGCUCUCAUUCACGCUCGCGUCGCCAGCAUUCGCGAUCACGUUCCAGGUCACGGUCUCGCUCACCAAGGCGUAAGAGAUCUCGCUCUAAGUCGCGCUCCAAGUCACCUAGGCACUCAAGGUCUAGAUCAAAGUCACGUUCAAAGUCUCGCUCUCGUUCUCGGUCGCGAUCCCCUCAGAAGUCUAGAUCACGUUCUCGUUCUGCUUCCCGAACACCGAGAAAUGACAAAGCCGGAUCAGCUGAGCCUGGAGCUGACGAGAACCAGAAUCAUAAUCCUGCUGAUGGUGACACUGAGCCGCAGUAGGGCCAGGAUCUUUUAAACCCCUUUGAGAACUCGGUGCUUGGUGCUGAAUCUUUCUGCAAAUUUUAACUUGAAGUUUUCUUGCUGAUCAUGAGCGUGCAGCCUGUAUUCAUGGAAUAAUUUAUGUCAACCGAUAUUGAGAUUUUGACGUGAUUUGGUUUCUUGCAAGAGUUUUGAGUUUAUUUUAAUUAUGCUGUAGGUGUUAUUUUUAAGUCAUUUCAAAUGUAACCUCUUUUGUAGGAACCAGUAAAGAGAGCUUUUUUGUGGCGUUAA